AUGUCUACCUCCGAAUCCGCCCCGAUAUCCUCAAUCCCUGAAAAUGCGGUGCCGGAGCUGGAUAUUCCCAAGCUUCAUGCGCUCCCCUCCGAACAGCAGGACCUCUACCUGCUCACCUUCACGUCUGAUCUAGUGCAAUAUAUUUCCGGUCUCGAUGCGGCACAGGUUUCGGCACAACAAAAAGCCCUCAAGCCGGAAUUGUUCAAGAUCUUGUCCCUCUCCUCCCCAACCCUCACGCGAGUCCUCCGCAAUAACUUGGGACGAUGCUUCGGUGCGAUCUUGACGAAAGGCGAUCGCGGGAUCCUCUUCGAGACCAUUACCGACCUGAUUGGCAUACUGAAUGCGGGCAAGAGCGAGGCGGAGCUAAAGACCAAGUUCGCUGCCGCGCAUUGUCUCGGCGAGGUCUUUGCGACGGCGGGCGAGAGCGCCUUCAUGCAAUGUAAUGUCGCCACCGCGAGUAUGCUUAAGCUGCUCAAGUCGGCGAGCAAUCAUACCGGUCUGCGGGGAGUAAUAUAUUCUGUGCUGCGCAAGAUUGUUGUUGGAAUUGGCGUCCCGAUCGACGAACAGACUGCCCGCGAUAUUUGGAAACAGGCGCGCAAUGCCGCAACGAGCGAUAAGUCGACUUUCGUGCAGGUUCAUGCUUGCCGGUGCAUGGAACAAUUGAUAAAUACGACACCGUUUUUUGACAAUGCGACUGAUUUCGAAAUCCUCAAAACUAUUAUGUGGAAGGUCAUCGACAGCCCAAUUGCCCCGGUCAGACAUGCGGCAGCCGCAUGUCUUGGCCGGGCUCUUGUCAAGCUGCACGCUAGCGAAGCGCAUAUUUCGGCUCCGCCAAAACCGAAGUCGAAGAAGUCGAAGCGCAUGUCUAAGAAACCUACCGCUCGGCCGGGAGAGGAAGAAGAGGAGGAAAUGUCCGAGUCCUCUGUGGCGAAUGCCCCGAAGAAGGACUCGCGCUUGUUCUUCCUUCUCCCAGAUCUUCUGCGCCAGCUCUCAUCUCAAUAUUUGAAAAGUACGACUUCAAAUCGCACGCGCGCCGGUAUCUGUAUAUGCUAUAAAUACGUUUUGCGGAAUCUGGGGGAUAAGAUUGUCGAAGAGCGAUAUGGGCAAAUUGCCUCUAACCUCCUGUUCGAUCUUCUAAACCACCCGACGAUUACAUAUAACCGGUUCCGCCUGCUGAUGACUCGCAAGUUUGUCAAGGUUAUUCUCGAGGAUACGAUUGGCCGGGAACUUCUCCGAGAGAACAGUCAACUUAAUGCUGCCAAGUGGCUCAUUAAUGAUAUUCUCAAAGACUACCCCCAGGUCAUUCAAGAGCGUCGCGAGCCGAGCAAGUAUACAUUGACAAGCACCGUUAGCGCCUUGUCCUCUCUAAUUGCAUCGGUUGGCUCCGCCUUUGGUGUUCAUGCCGAUAGCUGCCGUGAUGCUUUGCUUCAGGUGCUUCCACACCCGAGCUAUACCGUCCAGGUCCACACGGCGCACUGCUUGCGCAGUUUCGUACUUGCAUGCCCCCAUCAACUUCUGUCCUGCGUUACAAUUUGCAUGAACAGUCUGAACAGAGAGAUUGGACAGCUUGCCACACCGCGGCAGUCUCCCCGCCGUUGCGUUGGCUACGCAAAUGGACUCUCCGCCAUGCUCAGCACGUCUCGACUGCAGCCUCUGUAUGGUGCAGUUGACGUCUUUGCUCGAAUCUUCACACAGGCGACCGAUCUACUGAAGACCAGCAGUACAUCCGAGCUGCGAGUCGCAAGCACUCAGAUCCAAGUGGCCUGGAUCUUAAUUGGAGGACUUAUGCCUUUGGGUCCAAGCUUUGUCAAGAUCCAUCUCUCGCAAUUGAUGCUCCUUUGGAAGAACGCCCUGCCAAAACAUCUGAGCAAAGAGAACUCGGCUAAGCCCAGCACACUUGAGACAAGCUUCUUGGCUCAUGUGCGCGAAUGUGCCCUGAGUUCCUUGCUUGUCUUCAUGCAGUUUAACAGCAAACUCAUUACCGCCGAUGGUGCUAAGCGGAUAGCGGCCAUGCUACAGAACACGGUUGAGUUUUUGGAUGAUUUGCCACGCCCGAAGUCGAUGGAAGAUAUUGCUCAUCGCCUUCAUCCCUCGCUUCAACUGGCUGACUACACCACUCUGGUGCGCCGCCGGGUUCUUCAAUGCUUCUCGAAGCUGGUGCAUGUCCACCACCCCAGCCACGGUGACAUCAUAAAUCAUUCUACACUGCUCAGCUUGGCUAUCUCCUCCUUCGCGGACCCUGAUGCGCAGUACCGGCCCCUGGAAAGCUCGAUCGCGGGCUCCACCGGCCAAUUUGAUGGCUUGUGGGACCUUUGCGAUAAUUAUGGCUUUGGAGUUACUGGACUUGCUCGCGAAUACAUUCACGCUGCCCUGACCGGUUCCAAUGGCAAUGAAAAUGCUCCUGCUUGGUCUGCCAUCAACUCCGCAGAUCAGGCUGUUGACAAUGCGUUGACCUUCCCCAUCUGCGAAGCUAGUGAGCAUGACUCGGUCCUCUUGUACAGUUCGCGAGCUGGGGAGUCAUUCUCGGUGGACCCGCCGACUACUGGAGUUGUGAACUCUGCAAUUGACCUUUUCUCUGUUGCUAUUGCUUUGCACUCGCCUAAGAUCCAAGAAAGCAGUGUGGAACAGAUUGCCACGUUCAUGACUUCUCAGAGUCUUCAAAGGAAUCUCGGAAGGAAGGCUGCACUUGGUGUCAAUAUCUCCGUGGCCCUACUGCACGCGUUGAAAGUUUCGGUCAAGGAGACUGAUUUUGUUGCUGGAAAACUGAACUCUUCCACUGAUAAACCAUUGCAAGAGCUUAUCCAGAAAUUUGUCAUUGAUGUCGACCCUAUUGUCCGCACCAUUGGUGUGGAGGCACUUGGUCGUCUCUGUGACAGUGCUGGUAAUGCUUGCACCAACACCCAGGUCAAUUGGCUUGUCGAUACUAUUGUCGCCAACAGGGAUCCGCAUGCGCGGGCGGGCUGUGCUGCUGCUCUGGGCUGCAUUCACUCCCAGAUUGGUGGUAUGGCUGCUGGUCUGCAUCUCAAGACCAUUGUGGGCGUGCUGAUGUCUCUUUGCAACGACCCUCACCCCGUCGUGCAUUUCUCGUCUCUUGGCGGAUUGGAGCGAGUGGCCAAUUCUGCUGGAUUGACAUUCUCGCCGUAUGCCUCUAGCUCUCUGGGCAUGCUUGCGCAGCUUUACAAUGCCGACACUCACAACGAAGAGUCUGCCACGCUGGCAACUUCCAACAUUGAGAUGUCCUUUUUGACGCCCGUGGUCAUCAGUCGAUGCGUUGAUUCGCUGAUCAAUGUCUUGGGACCGGACCUGCAGGAUGUUGCAAAGACUAGAAACCUCAUUCUGACACUGCUUCGCCAAUUCCAGUUGGAGGAAAAUCCCGCCCUAGUCACGGAAAGCUCCAAGUGUCUCGACCAUUUCUCUCUCUACGCCUCCAGCUUUGUCGAUUUCCCUGGAUACGUGAAGCGCCUGCAGACAGAGCUUCGCGCCAAAGAUGUCUUCAUGCGUGAUGUGGCCGUCCGUGGACUCAGUAAUCUGAUGAAGCGAGACGCCACUUCUGUGGUGCGAACAGCCAGCGAAACUCUCGAAGAUGAUAUCUGGCUUGCUUUCGAUGAUGCGCCCGACAGCCGACCCUUGAAGAAAAUGAUUCAAGAGUGGCUGCAACAGACUGCCCUCACCGAGACCGAAUUGUGGAUUCAGCGCUGCCAGAACAUCAUGACAAAAACCCGAAACAAGGUCGAGCCUCUACCGACGACGGCAGUCCAGACUGCCGCAGCAGAUAUGCCUGACGAUGAAGUCGCCGGCUUCGCCUCUGCUGUUGCGGGUGAUACACCCGCCGAGUCUGCGAAUGGAGUGGCAGGUCAGGAAUUGCUCAAGUGGCAAACACGUAAUUUCGCCAUGAGCUGUCUCUCUGAACUGCUCGCAACUGUGCAAGAAGCAAUUCUGCCUGACCAUGCUAUUCCUGCAGAGGUGGCGCUCCAGUCCAAGGUUGGAGACAUUGUCCGAAUGGCCUUCUCGGCAUCAACAGCCAAUGUCAUCGAACUGCGUGUCUGGGGUUUGAAGAUCAUUGAUCAAGUUUUGACCAUGUUUGGCAAGGCUCCAGACCCGGACUUCGCAGAGGCUUCCUUGUUGGAGCAAUAUCAAGCUCAGAUUGGAUCUGCUCUCACUCCUGCUUUUGCUGCGGAUUCGUCUGCAGAACUUGCUACUGAAGCGAUUAACGUGUCGGCCACUUUCAUUGCUACUGGUAUUGUGACGAAUGUGGAGCGCAUGGGUAGGAUUCUCAAGUUACUCGUUCUUGGUCUUGAGAACUUUGCCAAGAACCCCGAUACCACUGAGAUUGGCGACCUCAAGGGCUUGAACUCCAAUGCCCGGGUUAUGGUGAAGCUGGCACUGUUCUCGGCGUGGGCCCGUUUACAGAUUGCAAGCAUUGAACAUGAGUAUCUUAACCAGGUUGUUCAGCCUUAUCUCGCCAAGCUCACGCCGUUGUGGCUCUCGUCUCUUCAGGAGUAUGCCCGCUUGCGCUUUGAGCCGGAUAUCUCCGGUGCUCUGGGGACAAGCACGCAGAGCAAUGAUCUGGACGAAGUCUAUGCUGCAUUGAAUCGCGAGACUUUGUUGAAAUUUUACCAAGAUUCGUGGCUCAAUCUUGUUGACGCAAUUGCUGGUUUGGUUGAGAAGGACAUUGACUUCGUUUUCGAUGCCCUGGACGGCAAGCUUCAGCAGCCUGAAGAGCCUAGUGAUGCUGAAAAGGAGAACGAAAGCGAAAAGAAGGAUGAAGCCUCAUCUUUGGCUGAGUCCAAGGGCAAGGGUGAUGAUAUCAACUACCGCGAAGAGCCUGUGGCCUUCUUCUUUGUGCUGUUUGGUCUUGCUUUUGAAUCUCUGGUUGAUCAAGCAACUUUAGCCUCGCAGCGUUUGGCCAUCCUGCAAGCCCUCAAGAGAAUCUUGCGCCCUAUCAUUUCUGGCAACGCUAUCUACCAGGAUGCCAUUUUCUCGGAGACUAUGGAUACCUUUGACCGUCUUGUUCUGACCGAGAGCACUCCAAUCCAGACCGUCAUUGUUGAGAUCGCACAGAACCUAUCCCUGGACCAUCCCGCAGCCAAGAGUGACCAGGAGCGCAGUGAUCAUUUGUCGGAUGACAUCGAGCAGCUCUUUGAGCUGACAAGAAGCAUCAUCCUCGUCCUCGCUGGAAUGCUCCCCAACCUUCGCGAGUCGACUCCCUUGGCUCGAUUCAAUGUAUCCUCGGACGACUCCCUGACACUUAUUCGCCUGGCCCUGAAAUCUCUGGUGGACGUUGCAUCGGUCUUCCCAUCGAUCAUCCGCAACGAUCUCCACGCUUGCAUCCUGCACAUCUUCACCACAAUCCUGGCCACAGGAAUCUGCCAAGCUCAAGUUGUACCCCAGGCCCUGCCCAUCUUCCGGCAAUUUGUCCACAGCAUCACCCACUCCUCCGAGGUUCCCGAGGACCACGACGUGAUCGCCUUCCAGGUCCGCGGCUGCUUAACCCGAUUCCUGACCAUCCUCACUAUCGCCCAGCGUCGAGAAUCUGAGACCUCAAUCCCGUGUGCCAAGAAUACCCUCUUGGCCAUCACCUUCCUCCUGACAGCAGGCGGCCACGUCCUCCCUCCCCAGGACCCAGUAAUCAACCGAGUCCUCAACGAACUCCUGGACUGCCUCCAAGACGUCGGCCUCGCGACCGUUGCCGCAAGCUGUCUCCGCUCGAUCCUCCUAAAGCCCAACCCCCGCUACACAACCGACGACGUGAUCUCCCGCUACCUCCUCCCUCGGCUGAUCGCCUUCCUCAUCGGCUGUCCCACAAACUCCGGCGAUAUUCCCAGCGACCCGGAGAACUCCCGCGCCGUCAUCGCCCGCACCCUCGUCGGCUGCGUCGCCAAUGCCUCCUUCUCGCCGGCGGAACUCCCCACCGCGCUCUCGCUCGUGAUGUCCGCUUUGCUUGUCCGCGCUAAACGCGAAGGCCAGGCGGUGCACAAGGAGUCUGCGGCCCUCUUGCUGGAACUGGCCAAGGCCGACCAGCUUGUUUUCAAGACUUUGGUGGCGAAUAUGAACCCCGAGCAGAAGUCGCUUCUCGAAGAGGUUCUGAGGAGUGCCGGUAUUGGGGCUUCGGCUAAGUCGGAUGAGUCUGCGGAGAAUACUCAACACGCUGCGCCUAGUAUUGCUCUGCGGAUGGACUUUUAG